AUGGGUUUAGUUUGUCACUUCAACCACACCCACAAAUUGUUCGAGAGUACAACUCUACACCCAAAGAUGAGUGACGAAUCCAAAUGCCCCGUUGAUCCACGUACACGUGAUAUAUGGCUUCAGAAAUCCAAGGAAGCUCAGAAGGCGCAAGAACAGAGACUGAAUACCCAACAAGAAAAACAACUUAUAUUAUCCAAAGAAACAUCCACAUGGACAUGGAUGAACUUAUUGUGGGCACCUAAGCCAACUUCAUGCCCUAUUCCCCAGGUAAAUGCCUCUGGCGGAUGUCCAGUUCCACAUUCUUCAGGUACCAAUAUCCCAGAGGGACAUCCAAGUGUCAACGGGUUGGCUAUAACUACAAGUGAACCUGAAUCUAUCGAAUGCAAUUCAAAAGAAAUAGACCAGGGAUUAACGACGCCUCCAAAUGCAGUGUCUGGUAGUAAACUAUUGAGUGAACAGAGGGAGAUAUCAAGUAUUCCACGAACCAACGUUGACAGUAACUGGGUAUAUCCAAGUGAGAAACAGUUUUUCAAUGCAAUGUUACGUAAGAAUUGGACUCCUGAAGAGAAGGAUAUGAAAACUGUUGUUCCUCUGCAUAAUUUAGUUAACGAAGUGACAUGGAAGUACAUAUUAAACUGGGAAAAAGGGCAAGGAAGUUGUGGAUGUGAAGAUAUCAAACUAACAUCAUUCAAGGGAGAUUCAAAAAAAAUCACACCAAGGGCAGCUAUUGGACAUUACAUCUUUGGUAGAGAUUUACCAUUUGAUAGGCAUGAUUGGGUUGUCAACAGAUGUGGUAAGGAAGUUGAAUAUGUUAUUGAUUUCUAUACAACACCUGUGAAAGAGGGCGAGGAGCCUAGAUUUUUCUUGGACGUCAGACCUAAGUUGAACAGUCUGGAAGGUUGUAGGAUGAGACUGUAUCGUGCACUGGGACUAUAA